AAUUAACAAAUGAUAGUAACACACAAAAGUUUGUUAUAUUAUUUUAAUAAAUUUGAAGGACUUCUGAACAGGUGCAUCCUGCAGAAAAAGUCCGAUGAUGCAGACGCGAGGAGUCUCCCACUACCUUGAAGAGGACCGAAUCCACUUCAUCUGGUGGAGGCAACUUUCAGCGAAAUACGCUAUAUAAGAGAGUGACAUGUCGGCUGACCAAGAUAAAGCACGCGUGUGUUGUUAAUCUUUUGCAGUAUUUUAUCCGUCUUGAAUUGAACUGUCCUAGUAUUUUCGUCAGUGACAGGCACUGAAUUACGAGCAUUUUCCGUGUUUUGCAGAAUGUAUUGGGUGUUCCUAGGAUUGCUCAGUACCGCCAUUGCGGCGCAGAAUUCUUACGACUUAGAAACCAGAGCUGUUUCAUUUCCCGGAAAGCCAAGUAGCUUAGGACCACUUUACUCGCCCGGCUUAAGUUCAGCCCAGGGAUUCCGUGAUAACAGUUACGAGGAUAAUGCAGUGACACCCACGCCGUCGUCGACGCCAAUCUAUAGGAAUUCUAAUCAACAACCGUUGUAUCGCAAACCAACGGCGGCACCAAUAGACAGUCGCGAUUACACUCAGGCCAUCCGCGUUGGUUCUUCAUCGCGUGCUACCAUUCGAGGCCCGCAGUCCCAGUUCGGUCCUGAUGGACCUACUAAGGAAGAGCUCGAGGAGGAAAAGGAGGAACCUGAUCGUCUUAGCCUUCUUCUACCUCAAAGCAGAUUCGAUUGUGUCAACAAGCAGACCGGCUACUACGCUGACGAGGACCUCAACUGCGAGGUCUUCCACUACUGUCAAGACAACGCUAAGCACUCGUGGAUCUGUCCUGAAGGCUUCACUUUCCAUCAGGUACAUCUAAUCUGUAUGCCACCCAGCGGCGAUAUCAGCUGUCAGAAGAGCUCACAGUACCAUUUCGUCAAUGAGUAUUUGUAUAAACCGCUGAAUCUUCAAGAAGCUGAGACCAAACCCAACGUUACUUUAAGAUACAGUGAGAGGUAUUACCCCUCUGAUAUUUAUACGGAUGAAAGGGAGGUUGGUGAUUAUCAGAUCACUCCUACACCUGCCCCGGUGCGUCGUCCUGCUCCGCAGGUCCUUGUGAGUCCACAGCCAAGUUUGAACAGUAUCCCCACGUCGGCCCGUCCACAGCCUACAGGAUUCCCGCAGUAUCGUCUCCCGAUAAAUCAAGUAUUCCGCAGUCCCGAAGAAGUCAACAUUCCCCUUCAGCACAGACGGCCGCAACAGCAACAGCACCAGGUUCUCAGACGGUUUCCUCAAGUUCAAGUUCGACCUGAUGAAGAAGAAUAUGAAUAGAUUCUUAGAUCUAUAAAUUCUUCAAUUUACUCAAAAAUUAUUCCGUCUCUUCCUCAAUUUUUUUUAUUCGUUUUGCGAAGUCAAUGAAGAAUUGCAGCAUUUGACAUGCCCGAAUUUUUCCUUGAAUAAU